UACAAACUCGUACACCCUCAAACAUGCAAUCCCAUUGACGCAAUGCAAGAACGUGUUUUCCAUGAUGGAAUUCACCACCUGACCAAUGCUUAAUGUCAGAAUUUGAGUAGUCCUGCCUGCAGUGUUUUAGUAUAUGUACAAAUACACUUAGUACGGAGUUGUGACAUUAAGUUCUAAUAAUGAAACGAGGACCAUUAUGGAUUAUUACCAUGUCUGGGAUAUGUAUAGUGAUUCAGAGCUCAGUUACAGCAGUUCAUCUGAGGAACAUGGAGCACUUUAUAGCUGCUGUUACUCAAUUAGAAGAUUUAAACCCAAGACUAAGUCCACUGGCUUUAGUGACGAGUCUACGAAAAAUUGCAGACCAAAGUGACAAUGUCAGACAUGACUUUGCGAGAUCAUCUGACAAUCGAGGUAAUAGUCAGUAUGAAAACAACAGCUUUGUCACAGAGCAGCUGAAUAUAAACCACAAUCUCUCCAAUUUCUUGAAUGAAGUCACUCAUCACUUCAUAACAGAGAAUCACGAAGAGAGGGGAGUUGUUUUGACUCCUGAUGGCACAACAGUCGCCCUUGCUCCUCUCAUUUUAGGUCUUGAAUAUGGGCUCUGGGCUAAUGAGGCCAGUAACCAGCCUCAUGGUUUCUACCUACUCCCACUCGCCAAGUACUUAGGCAAGUCAUUUCUGCAGUUUGGGAACGCAACUGAGCGACUUGGCCCGGAUGGUUGUUGGGACAGUGUAUCUGCUCCCAUGGCUUUUACUCUUUCAGGCAUGCCAUCCCUGGCCACUGAUGCUUUGGUCCAUGGUGGAAUGGAUGGAGCCAUACUUGGGAAACAUCUUUUUGUUUUUAACUGCUCUGAGGUACAUUUAAGCACACUAAUGAGGAGCUACUACUUAGGGAAUACGGAAGAGCUGGAUCAUGAUUUGAAUACUCUUCUGAGAGCCCGCUAUCGCAGAAAGAAUUUUAAAAAGAUCACAAAUGCAUCACUGCUUCAAGAGAAAGUAGAAAAAGCACUACAUAGUCAUCCACAAAAAGGAGACGUUGGUGCUGAGAGACUUAUAGAAAAAGGAAUUAAAGACUUUAUGCUACGUUAUAUGGAGUGUCCUGCCAUCAUUCCAAGGUGUAUGUGGGGAUCUGCGCCACCCCUGGUUCCUCUCAAACCUCUGUCUCCACCUCUGGCAUUUCUGUAUAUUCACCACACAGCCAUUCCCAGCAAACCCUGCCGAGACCUUCACUCGUGUUCCAAAAAUAUGAGGGCAAUGCAACACUUCCAUCAGAAAGAGCGGGGCUGGUACGACAUUGGUUACAGCUUUGUUGUUGGGUCUGAUGGUUACAUCUACGAAGGACGAGGUUGGAAGUCAGUAGGGGCUCACACUAAAGGACGAAAUACUGUUGGUUAUGGUGUUGCUUUCAUCGGGGACUACACUGCUCAUUUACCUGCCCAAUAUGACAUGGAGCUAGUGCACCAUCAUCUGGUCAAAUGUGGAGUGAGCAACGGAUUUCUGCAGGCGAAUUUUACCAUUCUGGGACAUAGACAAGUAGUAGCAGGCACAAAAUGUCCAGGGGAGUCACUAUAUUCUGAGAUAACAACCUGGGAACACUACAAAGAAACAGAGCUUUUAAAGAAACAAUGAGGACAUCUACCGUCACUGACAUGACAUGACUUAUGGUGCAUAUUGACUGAUUUAACUGCCACAACAAUUAAAACCCACUAAUUAGUAUGAGAACUACUCUUAAUUUUGAAUAUGCAUUUAGUUUUAAAUAGAAUUAUUAAGUUCAUUUGUAUUAGCAUACAACAGGCCAUUAGCAUUAUUUAGCAGUACUUUGAGCAUUGGUUGGGAGUCUGUAUGAAAAUGUAAAAUGUUACUGUAUGUAAAUGAGAAAUACGUGAUCAAAAAUAAACAAGGUGAUCUCUAA